AUGGCUGCAGCUAAUAUCACACUUCCACAAAUCGCUGUAAAACUAUGUAGAAUAUGUUAUGAGACUGAUAAUGAAAAUGAUUUGAUUAGUCCAUGUUUAUGUAGUGGUAGUUCAGCUUAUGUCCAUAGAAAAUGUUUAGAUAAUUGGCGAUCAUUAAAUACAAACGGAAAAUCUUUUAGUUUCUGUAAUGUUUGUCAAUUUAAAUAUGUUAUUGAACCAGUUAUAGAUGAUCCAACAGCUGAUAGAAAAAGAUUAUUACUGUACCGUUUCUUGGUUACUCGUGAUAUAACAGUGAUUAUGUUACUAGUUCAAUUAAUCAUUGUUGGAAUAGCAUUUUUAUUACAGUUAAUAGAUAAAAAGGAGAAACAUAUCAAAGAUUUAUAUCCAGAUUCGAUGAAAUCAUUUGGUGUCUACUAUUUAAGCAGUUUCAUAUUAUGUUUGGCCCUUUUAGGUUUGUUUGGUCUAAUUGGUUCUUGCUGCGGGUGGUUGAGAAAUGAAAGUAGCAGUGAUAAUACUACUUGUCCUAAUUGUGCUUGUUACGGAUGUUAUUUUGUGCCUGUGAAUUGCCCUGAUUGCGACAGUGGGGGUGGACAUGGUGGUCCAUUCCUGUUAGUCGUUGUAUUAAUAUUUGCUAUUAUUGGAGUGUUUGUUGGGGUGAUAUUAACCGGAAUAAUUUUAAGAAAAAUUAUAAAACGUCAUACAAACAAAUUAUGGUUAAGACAGGAAGCUAAAAAAUAUAUUGUUAAAGAUUUUCAAGGAAGGAGAGAUGAGUUAACAAGUGCACAAAUUCACAAACCUAUCGCCCAGUCGCCAAGCGGUACUAAAAUUGGGAAAACUCAGGCAGUGAAAUCGACAACGGUGAAGCCAUCAGCACCACUUCAGGCAGUGAAAUCGACAACAGUGAAGCCAUCAGCACCACUUCAGGCAGUGAAAUCGAUAACGAUAAAACCCUCAGCACCAGUUCAAGUGUCAUCCAUAACUACAUAUGAUGCGCUCGACAAAUUUCGUUCAAAAUUUGUUAUCACACAAGCUAUUUAUAAUGAUAUCAUAUUGGUAUUAAAAGAUGGUUGGGGUGAAGCUCAGCUUAAAUUCUGGGUUCGUAAGCAUUUUAAAUUAGUUACUAUUGGUGAAUUACAAGUUGUUUAUGGUAUUAAAUCAUAUAAUCCGGUGAACACAUAUGAACAAUUAUACACGACAAUUAAAGAAUAUCAUGAAAGAGUAGGACAUCAUGGUCGCGAUAAAACGUGGAAAGAGGUAGUAUUCUGUACUCUACUACUAAAAAUUGAUAAAGUUGAUAGAACUAACACAACACCGAAAAUUUUACCAUGUAAAGUCAUUUCAAUACAAUCAUCAUCUGAUAAUAUGCAUACCUAUCGUCUUUGUACAACAAAAUGUGUUCUAUCCUCAAGAUAUGGUGUUAAUGAUCUCAUAGACUUAACAAAAUGUAAGUUUUCGGAAUUACGUGCUAUUGAUUCUCAAACAUUACCAACACAAACAUUUAUUCAAGCUUGUAAAGAUUACGUUAGUAGCGGUGUUAAUCCAAUUGUAGAAGCUUGUGCUUGUACUAGUGGUUGUGCUACAAAAAAAUGUUCAUGCAAAGCAGCUAAAGUACCACGUGGUACCAAAUGCCAUCCUGCUAAAAAAAAACACUGUUCAAAUAAAUAG